AUGAGGAGGCGUUCAGUCCUCCACAUUGUCAAUUUCAUCCUGCCCAUCCUGUUCUUCUUGUGCAUGGACUUGGCCUCCUUCCUGAUCUCAGAAAACGGGGGUGAGAAGCUCAGCUUCAAGGUCACCAUCCUGCUGGCUGUCACAGUGAUGCAGCUGAUUCUGAAUGACAUUCUGCCUUCAUCUUCAGACACGAUUCCUCUCAUAGCGGUCUAUUGUAUCGGGAUUUUUGGUAUGAUGAUGCUGAGCCUCUUUGAGACAAUUUUGGUGAUGUAUCUGAUGGAAAAAGACAAAGAGGCAGAGAAAGACCAAAGCCUGAAUGAGGACUGUGAGGACCGGCAAGGGAAAGUCUGCAGCUACUUUAGAGUGAGAUGCCGUCUGAACUACUGCCGAUGGAAAAAGAGGUCAGGAUGA